CUUUAGGAUAGUGGUAAGUCUCAAACUUGACAGGUAGAUAUUUCACAUUUGUCAUUUCUCUGUGAAGUACAUAGCGGAGGACAAGAGUGCUAAAUUUGUUAAGAGCUGCGUGGUCUCCAGACAUCUAUACUCUUUAUCCAAAUAUAUACUGUAUCAAGUAACCUGCAUGGGCACUGGACAUGGACGGAAUAUUGGGCGCUAAACAGACAACUCACAUACACCCAAUUCUCCACGGCGAUUGAUAACAAGACAUUGCUGCAGGGAUUAUUAAAGAGGUCAUCAUGCACAGUGAAGAGAGAUGAUAGAUAGGGUUGUCAGGUUUCCCUUACUCCAGGAAGUGAUGGAAAACAGGCACACAGGUAUAAAGCUGCUUUCGAGGGACGGCUCUUUAUCGGAAAGUCAUCCUGAGCAGAGACACUUCACAGGGAAAACGUCAACAACAAGAAAGGAAACCACUGCAACCAUAAUGGGAUCGGUGAAAUCAGUUGGACCACUUAUUUUCUUAUUGGCGACUCUUCUCUAUAUUACAAAUUCUUAUCCCGACUUGGACUUUUCACACAUAGGAUGUGAGGAGUGCACGCUGAAAAAGAGCAAACUUUUCUCACGGGACCAGCCAAUCUUUCAGUGUCAGGGUUGCUGCUUCUCGAGGGCUUACCCGACACCUCUCCGGGUCAAGAAAUUUAUGAUGAACGCGAAGAAUAUCACUUCAGAGGCAGCGUGUUGCACAGCGAGCAGCAGCCAUCCGGUAAAAGUGAGAAACUUUGCAGUGAGAAACCACACAGGCUGCUAUUGCGGCACCUGCAUAUAUCACAAGAUCUGAUUGAUGGAAAACGGAGAUGAGUGGACCAGUUUUGCUCUACGGCAGCGUGUUUCACGUUCUGUGCACACGUUUUACUCUAUUUAGGAAGGCAUGCUCUCGUGCUGCUUGCCAAGUCAUAUUUUGCUCCUUUGUCUGUGAUCUGUCAUGUACUCCAACAAUGUGAACUCACAAUUUAUGUUGUCAUCAGUGCAUGUAAUGUUGGUGUUUAUGUAACAUUGAUAAAUAGUGUUUGGUGAGCUUUGUGUUAUGUGCGGUGAUUCUGUUUGGCAGAUAAAUGUGAAAAAAAUAAAUAAAUGAAAU